UGCUCAUUCAUCGCAGCAUUCUGACAGGAACAAACGUUUGAUCUCUCCUCGCCUAAUGUUCGUACCAACGGAAGAUGAUGUAAUACCGCAUCGCGAAGAUAUUCCAUCCACAGACAUUCGAUACUCCUAUAUUCCAGGAAUCAAAGUGUCCGUGAAAACCCCACUUAGUGCGUUACAGGAUUAAGCAUUAUACACAACUAGCUCCAGAACUCCGCCCAAGUGACGGACUAUCCCAACGCUGCAAGUCUUCCACUGACCCAGCGCACAUUUCCUCCGCUAGUUCGAUUAAGUCGAGCAACAGCCGAGCCAUCAAUGUGCCUCCUAGCAUGGUCAAGCCCAACGACGCAAUAGCGCUGAUAAUAAUCCUGCACAUCCUCGUCAUCGCCAUCAUAGCUUAUCUCCUUGCCCGCUUGGUGCGCAAUGCCCGUUCCUCACCUUCAAGCAAGACGACCUCAUAUUAUGAUACUUCAUCGCUCAUUUCAUCGCCGAUACCUAGUCCGUUUCAAGGAUUUGGCAUCAACCCUGGCGGGGCUCCGAGAGGAGGAAGGGUGAAUGUUGUUGAUGUGGAUGGUAGGGGAAGAGGCAGACCGGGAGUGCCUGGAAGACCAGGAGGAAAUGCGAAUAUUGUUGAUAUGGGAGAGCCAGGGGGUAAUGUAAACGUUGUUGACGGGGGUAGCGGGAAUGGCCGUGGGAGGGGCGGCAACGUUAACAUCCAAUCGGGUCCAGAAGGGAGAGACAACGUUGUAAACGUGGAGAAUGAGAAUGGCAACCAUGGAAGGGGCGGCAAUGUUAAUAUCCAGCCAGACCCGCAGGGAAGGGUGAACAUAGCAUGAUAGAGGCACGCAAGAUACAAUGAACUUAUUUAUGUUUCCA